AUGGCUCUUCUCUCGUUUUCUUCUUCUUUCGUCCGCGUCGCGCUCGUUUUGUCAACUACACUAGUCCUCCAAGCCAAUGGCCAGCAGAAAACCUUCCCUGACACACCGCUCGCCAACAAGCGCAUCCCAUUCACCCAGAUCCCAUAUCAAGUAGAUACCGAUAAAGACCUCAUUCGCGGUGCCCAAUUUGGCGUCAACCAAUGCAACUCGACGACUGAGGGCCCGGAAUCCAAGUGCCAAACCAGCUUCAUCAACUCUAUUGACGACUUCUGCCUCUGGGCACCCCCCGAGAAGGACAGUACUAUUGGCAACACCGAGGGCGAGGCUGUCGCUUGGUGCACCAAACCCGGCCGUGGGACACGUCUCAUUCCGGCUGGCGCUCUCCAGGGCGUUCAGUUCAUGAGAACCCCUGACUACGUUCAGGUCGUGGGAUUCAUUGAUCAGAAACUGAUCAACAUCGAGACCACCGACUCAGGAGGAGAGAUGGACCCUCAUGGUGCAGAUCUUCGGGGUAACCCGUUGGGCGGUUUGCUCUAUUCCAACGCCUGGGGCAGCGACAAAAACGCAUUCACUCAGGUGAUCGAAUGGCACAACUUCAUGGGAGGCAAUGCGUUCUGUCUCAAGGCAUGCGACCCUUCCAAACCCAACGCCGCCAAAUUCUGUGAACAUAUCUUUGAUCGUAUUGGCUGCGCAUACAACGCACCCAACGCCGCUAAAACUGGCACCUUCGAGUCUUGCGCCGGUGACAAUCAGGACUUCCCGGGCAUCUACACCUCCAAUGGCCAGGUGCUGACUUACACUCAGCCUGAUGAGAAGUUAGGUGCCAUCCAGACCAUGCCUUACGAGCCCAAGGUACCCGCCAGCAGCAACUGCACGCCCUUCACCAGCGCAUCACUCUACAAUGCCCUGCAGUCCGCCCCCCGCUGGCGGUGCUGCUUCAUCAGCACCCACUGCUGCGCCAAGCGGAAGCGCCAGGUCACCAAGCGGCUCUUCGGCCCCCGCGGCCCGAUCCAGUGGAAGCGGUGCCCCACGCCCCAGCGCCUCUGGCACCAACGCAGCCAAUACUCACGUCGUCAGCAUAGGAGCGACGAUAGUUGGAACCUUCUUCGCUGCGGUCUUCUUGUCGUAAUGAGUUGCCUUUUUUCUCCUAUUUAG